AAAGAAAUUGAUAGGUCAGACACUUUGCAGUCGGAACCAGGAGGAUAUAUAUGAGCAAGCAGCCAAGUCUCCAGAGGACCAGCACCAGCACACCUGAACACAUCUGCUGUGAUUACAUCCAUCAGUCAUGAGGGUGGUCAACAUUGGACCGGAUCCAUCGCUGGCAUAUCGGCCAAACUUAGAAGACUCCAAGGAGAAAGAAGAAUACAGAAACUUUGUGGAUGGAAGUCUCUUCAACAGAGUCUUUAAAACAUACAGUAUGAUGCACACCAACCAGACUGUGGACUUCGUCCAGCAAAAGCACGCUGAAUGGACCCACUGCAACCACUCUCAGAUGGGAAUGAUGGACGCCAUCAUGUCUCUGGACCAGCUGGUGGACGAGUCGGAUCCAGACGUCGACUUUCCCAACUCCUUCCAUGCCUUCCAGACUGCUGAGGGCAUCCGCAAAGAACAUCCAGACAAAGACUGGUUCCAGCUAGUGGGGCUGAUCCAUGAUGUUGGGAAAAUCUUGGCCCUGUGGGAUGAGCCGCAGUGGGCUGUAGUAGGAGACACAUUCCCUGUGGGCUGCAAAUUUCAAAACUCCAUAGUGUUCAGAGACAGAACCUUCCAGGACAACCCAGAUGAGAAAAACCCAAAAUACAAGACUGAAUAUGGGAUCUAUGAACCCAACUGUGGCCUUGACAAAGUGAUGAUGUCCUGGGGCCAUGAUGAGUAUCUCUACAGAGUCAUAAAGUUCAACAACUGCUCCAUCCCAGAGGAGGGGCUGUACAUGAUUCGAUUCCAUUCCUUUUACCCCUGGCACUCUCACGGAGAUUACACCCACCUGUGCAACGACAAAGACCUGCAGAUGCUGCCCUGGGUCAAAGAGUUCAACAAAUUCGAUCUGUACACCAAAACCACAGAUUUACCCAAUGUUGACGACCUGAGGCCUUAUUACCAGUCUCUGAUCGAUAAAUACUGUCCUGAAGUGCUUCAGUGGUGAAACAGCAGCAUCGACAUCAGAAAUCUGCUACAUGACUAUAACAUGUAAAUAUUAAUAAUUCAACAUUUUAUCAACACUUAAGCUGGACUUAGUGCUUUUUUGAUUAUCACCUUUUGCUUCUGGAAACUUCUAUCUCUGCAACAUGAAUCCUCAAGUCUCACAUAAUGAGACUAGAUGCAUUAUGUGAAAUUAUAGAUGCAUGUACAAACUUUUUUUUUGUUUUAUUGUAUUUUGACAAGUUAAAAAAAAUCUAAAUAAAAACUAUUGCUAUGUC